CAUCAUUUUGUUCGCUGUGAUCUUUUAAGAGAUUCAAAAUCAUCAAUGCUGGGUUUCGUUCGCCGAAUUCGCCCCGUCAAACGCUAUAUCCACAUGUCUACUCUAUUACUGGCAAAAGAGCGAGCGAUCGCCGUGGAGGCAGUCCUUCGGGCGUCAAAGUUAUGCCAAACAGUAUUUCAACACCUUGUGUCAGCAGAAACUAUUAGCAAAAAGGACAAGUCUCCAGUCACUGUCGCAGAUUAUGGAGCGCAAGCUGUUGUCAACUCUAUCCUUCACGCUGCGUUUCCAAACGACCCGAUUGUUGGCGAAGAGGAUUCAUCGGAACUCCAGCAAAACAAGGCAACGUGCGAUAAAGUUGUUGACCUUGCAAACAGUGUCGUGGACUCACCAAUGUCCACCGACGAGAUACUUAAAGCGAUCGAUUUGGGAAUGUACACCGGGGGGCCAAAAGGUCGAUUCUGGACAUUAGACCCUAUUGACGGAACAAAAGGAUUUUUGCGAGGAGAGCAGUUUGCAGUGUGUUUGGCCCUGAUUGUGGAUGGACAAGUUCAACUGGGAGUAUUAGGUUGUCCCAACCUUCCAGUAGAACUUUCCAAACCAGAUGGGGAGCGUGGGUGCCUGUUCACUGCCGUCAAAGGUGAAGGGGCGUAUAUGCGAACAUUUGCAAGCACGGAAGAGCGACGCAUCCACGUUAGCAACACCUCGAACCCGGCAGAUGCACUAUUCUGCGAGUCAGUUGAAGCGGGUCAUUCGUCACAAGGCGAUGCAGCCAAGAUUGCCUCUCUAUUAGGAAUCACCAAGCCGUCUGUGAGAAUGGACAGUCAAUGCAAAUAUGGGGUGUUGGCGCGAGGUGAUGCUGACAUCUAUCUGCGACUACCUGUCAGCGCGACGUAUGAAGAAAAGAUUUGGGAUCAUGCUGGUGGCUCUCUACUAGUCCAAGAAGCGGGUGGUCAAACGUGCGACGUCUACGGAAAACCUCUGGAUUUCUCCCUCGGUCGUACCUUGAGAGCAAACAAGGGGGUAGUCGCCACAAAUGGGAAGAUUCACGACCAAGUCAUGGAGGCGGUGCGCAAAGUUCUUGCUGAGAAGCAGUAGCUUCCCACAAAUCAACCUCUUGCUUACCCGACAGGCAAGACGAGCCGGGAAGGCAAACUUGUGAGGGGACGUUCACUCCUGGACCUCUGCACCAGUGGAUACGCAAGCCGCGCGUAGCUAGUAUAGAUAUAACUCACUAUAGGCAGAACAGCUAAAAUCCCUCGCAUCAGAAUAUGUAGGAGAGGUCUAAGUACAUUUAAUUGCACAAAAAUGCAUAAGAGAUUCUCAGAACUUGUUCACUCCCAA